AGGCUCAACCUGUUCGCCGUUGUUUUUUUAACCACCAACGAAGAAGAAGAACUGACCGGAAAUAAACAAACCCAGACAAAGCUGAGUGGAGGGAAGAAGAAGAACUCGAACUCAUACCAGAGAGCUGCUGCACCAAAUCUGGUCAGGUUUGGGUAUGUGCAGCACCGGCAGCAGCAGCAGAGGCGUAUCCCACAGUAACCACCAUCAUGAUGACCACUAAGAGAUUAGACAAUUUUGAGGUGGUGUGUGAGUGGGAUUCAUGCGACUUCAAGGGCCACACCAUGGAGGAGCUGAGCGAUCAUAUGUCUCUACACCUGAAGGAUUACCUGGGAGACAAAGACGCCCUGGAGGAGCUGGAUGAGUAUGCUUGUCUGUGGAAAGGAUGUGAAUUUCUGUCCAUGGGUAGCCCUACAGAGCUGGAGGUCCAUGCUUACUUCCACAACUACCAUGGUAAGCUCAAGUUUGUUGGGUCGCAGCUGCUCAAGUCCCGUCCUGACCUGCCCAGCUGUAACCAAGGCUUGCACAGCAACAACCUGGUUCCUGAAGGAUCAGACGGAUACGUUUGCCAGUGGGAGCAAUGUGAUAGUACAUUUAACAACCCAGAGUGGUUCUACCGACAUGUGGACAAUCAUGUGGAAAGUGCAGAGCCACAGCAUUUGGCACAACAACAGCAGGCGCUCUUCUGCCACUGGGCAGGCUGCGAUGCCUUUUUCAAGAUCAGGUACCGACUGAGAGAACACCUGCGGAGCCACACUCAGGAGAGACUUGUAGCCUGUCCUACCUGUGGCAGCAUGUUCUCCAGCAACACGAAGCUAUUUGACCACCUUCACAGACAGGCCGAGCCAGUAGAGUCGCUGGUUUGUGAACAUUGUGGCAAAGCAUUUUCCAGUGAGAGGCUUUUGAGGGACCACAUUCGUCAGCAUGUAAAUCAGGUCAAGUGUCCCUUCUGUGACAUGACCUGCACCACUCUGGCAGCUCUAAAGAUCCACAUCAGGUUCCGCCACUGCGAUGAGCGACCGUUUCCAUGUGACUUCUGUGACAAAAGGUUUAAGAACCAGCGGGAUCUCCAAAAACACACCGAGGUUCACAAUGAAGGCACCGUGUACCACUGCACUGUGGAGGGUUGUGAUUAUUCUUGUCACACAUUUCAAACCAUGAACCACCACUUCAAGAGAGUCCACGAGGUUGGGGGGAUGUCUAAAUAUAAAUGCCAUAUCUGUGAUAAGGUCUUCUCCUGGUGUUACACUCUCACACUUCAUCUACGCAAGAAGCAUGAGCUGAAAUGGCCCUCUGGACAUUCUCGCUUUAGAUACAGGAAGGACGUAGACGGCUUCCUAAAGGUAAACAUGGUGCGGUUUGAGACUGUGGAAGUGACGAAGGAGAUCAUGAAGAACAUGGCCAAAAAGCCGCAGAGCCUACGGAAGAGUCAGAGGACGAGCAGCAGGAUCAAGAUGGCCGCAGUCGCACCGGAGAGCGGACGGAGCUCUCCCACGGGAUCCUCCUCGCCCUCCUCCAGCUCCUCCUCCUCGUACUCCUCGGAGCUCUCUGGAGGCGAGGACAUGUCGUCUCAGCCCAGCCCCAGAGGCAGCGACUCUCCCGUCUACUGCGUGAUGAGUACCAUUCCUCACAUUGAGGACGACCCUGGAGGACUGAUGCAGGAGGACUGUGAUGGUAGCGGGACUUCUGGAGCGGUCCAGGCUCUGACGGAGGUCGCCAGGGGCCUUGGUAUGGACGUGGUUUGAUCGUCCGUUCUGCACUGAGUCAGAUGUUCACACAGCUCUUUUUACACAUUUAAAAUGGUCUAUUUUAGUAUAUUUUGCUCUGAGACAUCAUUGGAACAGUUUCUUUUUACCCAAAGCUUCUUCAUGUUCUCCAGUGUUUAAAUGUGAUUUCCCUACACUGUUCUAAAAAUGAUUAAUUAUUAACUGGAACUUUGCUUCUUAAAUUCUUAAGAUUGCUCAUGACAGAGAUUACAUUUAUUGUGAAGCUCAGAUGAACAGGAUGAGUAAAAGCACUACAGGUCUGGUUGUCUGUCUGUAGCUGUCUCAUGUCCAUUUCACAGGACACUUUCAAGAUGUUGCUCAGUAGAGGAUUUCAGAGAAAAUUAUUUUUAUUGUCGCUUAAUUUUAUUGGUACAGAUUUUAAAUACAUUUUGUGAUACAAAA